UUCUUCCUUUUCCUGUUUCCCACCUUACCUUUCUCUUUCCCACUGUCAGACUCUCACUCACUCUCUCUCUCCGUCCACCAUGAGAUGAGAUCAGAAUCUUUAUCUAGCUAAGUUCAUCACUUCUUUCCUUUACUGCUCAGCGAUGGAGCCCUACAAUUCCGGUGGCGGCGUCAGCAGCAGCAGCAGCGCGAGCUCGUCGUCUUCCUCCUCCGCUACCUCCAUAACCCAGCCGCAAGAGAUGGACGGUUAUUUGGCCGAGGCUGGGUACAAUGUUCGCUCCUCCGAUUUACGACACGUCGCUCAGCGGCUCGAGCGUCUUGAAAACGUCAUGGUUAACUCACAUGACGACCUUGCCCAGUUCGCUUCCGACGCCGUUAUCUACAACCCCUCAGACAUGGCCUCAUGGGUCGACUCCCUCCUCUCCGCCUCCGACUUCAACGCUCCCGAUCUCGACUUCGCUGACGCCAUCAUGACCGAUCCGACGGCGGCUUUCCCCGCCGACACGUGGAGUGAUAUUCCUCCGCCAAUCUCCACCGCUGCACCGCCGCCGAUGCAGAACCACCAGCAGAUAACGUCGUUCACGGCGAUGGAGGAAGAUUCCGGGAUAAGGCUGGUGCAGCUGCUCGUCACGUGCGCCGAGUCCGUCCAACGCGGGGAUCUAGCAUUGGCCGGCUCGAUAAUAGAGACCAUGCAGGCGCUCCUCACACGUGUCAACACGGGCUGCGGUAUCGGAAAGGUUGCCGGAUACUUCAUCGACGCCCUCAGCCGCCGUGUCUUCACUCCCCAGAGCGUCACCUCCGACGGCGGCUCGGCUCACGAGAACGAGCUUCUCUACCACUACUUCUACGAGGCCUGCCCCUACCUCAAAUUCGCGCACUUCACGGCGAACCAGGCGAUCCUCGAGGCUUUCCACGGCCACGAUUGUGUCCACGUCAUCGACUUCAACUUGAUGCACGGGCUCCAAUGGCCGGCGCUGAUUCAGGCUCUCGCUCUACGCCCCGGUGGGCCCCCGUUGCUUAGGUUGACUGGCAUUGGGCCGCCGUCACCAGACGGCCGUGACUCGCUAAGAGAAAUCGGUCUCCGGCUAGCUGAGUUGGCUCGCUCGGUUAACGUCCGUUUCGCUUUUCGCGGCGUUGCGGCUUCCCGGCUUGAGGACGUGAAGCCGUGGAUGCUACAGGUGAGUCCAAAGGAAGCGGUAGCUGUGAACUCAAUCAUGCAGCUCCAUAGACUUCUCGGAUCCGAUUCGACCCGGAUUGAAAUGAUGUUGGGCUGGAUCCGAAACCUGAACCCGAAGAUUGUCACGGUGGUGGAGCAAGAAGCGGACCACAACAAACCGGGGUUCUUGGAGCGGUUCACGGAGGCUCUGUACUACUACUCCAACAUGUUCGACUCACUCGAAGCUUGUGGCGCCAUGCAACCGGACAAGACCCUCGCAGAGAUGUACAUACAACGUGAGAUAUGUAACGUUGUAUGUUGCGAGGGAGUGGCUCGUGUCGAGAGGCACGAGCCACUCGCCAAGUGGAGAACUCGGUUAGAACAAGCCGGGUUCAGACCGCUUCACUUGGGGUCGAAUGCGUACAAGCAGGCCAGUAUGUUGCUGACGCUGUUCUCGGCGGAAGGGUAUCGUGUGGAGGAGAAGGAAGGGUGCCUGACAAUCGGCUGGCAUAGCCGACCUCUGAUUGCGGCCUCGGCUUGGCAGGUUAUGCCCUUGCCUGAACCAACCGCAACGGCGACCAACCCACUUGGGAUUGUUAAUCAUAGCGCCAAUCAUGUCUAAAUUUUUACUCUCUUUUUUUUUUUGGAAUUUUUACUGCUACUACUACUGCUAGAGGUUUAUGUGGUAUAAUCGUGUUGCAGCAGCUAUGAAUUAAGGAACUAUCCAUAAAUAACCAUGGGGUUUUAGGUGAUUAAAAUUGCAGAAAGAAAAGGAAAUAGUUCUAUUUUAUGGUUACCUUGUUAGUGAAGGUAAAGGCAUACAUCCUGCAAAUGGCUAAGUUUUUGGUUC